CUUCUUCGUUCAACUUAAACUGCGUCUUCCUCUACGUUGUAUUAGAGUCUUCCGUUUGAUCUCCAAAAUUUCUAGGAGCUUCAAUCCGAUCAGUCAUGGACGAGAUUGAGCUGAAAACAGCACCUGCUGACUUCCGAUUCCCUACUACAAAUCAAACCAGGCACUGUUUCACUCGUUACAUCGAGUUCCACAGGUGCCUGACUGCAAAGGGUGAGGAGUCUGGUGAAUGUGAAAGAUUUGCAAAGUAUUAUCGUGCUCUUUGCCCUGGUGAAUGGUAUAUAACAGAUGAAAGCAACGAUGGAUGGGCUCCAAACUGGAUGGCCUGAGAGACGUACGAAGCUGAAUUUUUUUGGACCGAACACAUUGGUUGAUAUUUCUUUCUUAGGAAGGUAGGGCAGAAAGUAUGAAGUUUUGAUGUGUACUUGGUUGAACAGGAUGGGGUAUAACCUACACUAUUAAAAUGAACAUGGAUGGGUUAGCGAUUAAGAGGAUUUAGUUUUGUAAGAUUGUUUAAUGGUUGGUGCGGAUCGCUAGCUGGAUUUGGGCUUUUGAGUAUGGGGUCUUACUCAAAUCUUGGGUUGUCGAAGAUUUUGCAUAAUUUAGAUUUCAUGGUGGGUCAUAGCUCGAAUGGUUACGUUGAACAAAGUUUUUGCAUGAUUUUGAUUUCAAGGUGGGUCACAGGACCUUAAGAUUUUGA